AUGAUAUUUCGUAAUAUACGUAUAGCAAAUACAAAUCGUGGUUUAUGUUUAGCACCACAUUGGGGAUCAGGUAGAAUAUCAAAUAUUUUAUUUGAACAAAUGUAUAUAGAAACACGAUUUUUUGGUUUGGAUUGGUGGGGUUCAGCUGAACCUAUAUAUGUAACAGGUCUUUCGAUGAGUGUCGAUCGACAAUGGACAGGAAUAUUAAAUAAUGUUACUUUUCGAAAUAUAAUUGCUAAAGGUGAACAAGGUAUCAUAGUUCGAGGAAAUAUAAGUAUAUUACAAAAUAUUCAUUUUGAAAAUAUUUCACUUGUAAUUAAUAGAUGGAGUAAUGUUACUGAACAUCCAUCACAUGAUUAUCGUCCAUCACAAGAACCACAAAUGAGUUGGGCAGAAGUUGAUGGAAUUUUUGCUUUAGAUAUUAAUGAAUUUUAUCUACAAAAUAUAAAUAUUGAAUUUAACCAACCUAAACAAUAUUAUUAUGGACAAUGUUUAAAUUUGAAUAAUAUUACACAAAUGGUAAAAGUUAAUGUUCAAUGUUGA